UCCUUUUCUUUUUCGCCACUGACCAAAGCAUUGACCGUCAAAAUUCCGGUGGAACACGAAGCGGCGGACGUCCUCGUGAACUGGCGGCGCAUUCAAUUUCCCUGGCGCCUCGUCAACUGGGCUUCUCAGCUUCCGAGGCGACGAACGAACGAAUACACCAUGGGCGGCGGUGGCCUCGACGGCGACUGGGCGGUGCUGCCCUCCCCUCCCCUCGCCGAGGUCACCCUCACCCUCGUCGGGAAGAUCAGCACCGGGAAGAGCGCCACCGCGAACUGCAUCCUUGGGACCCAAGCCUUCGCGUCGGAGCUUGCCUACGUGAGCGUCACCGAGACCUGCCAGAAGAGCAGCGCCAGCUUCCACGACGGCUGCGGCGCCACCCGCACCGUCAACGUCAUUGACACCCCGGGCUUAUUUGACAUGGAGAUCUCGAUUGAGGAUGCCCGUAAAGAGAUCGUAAAGUGCAUAGAGAUGAGCAAAGGUGGCAUACAUGCUAUGCUUAUGGUGUUCUCAGCCACAUCACGGUUUUCUUGCGAAGAGGAGAAAACAGUCGAGUCGAUUAAACGGUUUUUCGGUGGCCAAAUCCUCGACCACAUUAUAUUGGUUUUCACACAUGGAGAUGUGGUGGAGGAUGAAGCUGCUUGGGAGAAAGUGCUAGCAGAGAGGUCCCCGGUUUAUCUUCAGGACAUGAUAAAGCUUUGUCAAAAUAGGGUUGUUCUCUUUGACAACUUGACCAAUAAUAUCGAGCACCGUGAGAUGCAACGCAGGAAAUUGCUUGCUGCAGUUGACUUUGUUAUAUCAAGCAAUGGUGGCAAAGCAUUUUCCUACCAGAUGUUCCCUCAGAUUCUGCAAGAAAAUGAUGAACAAAAUGAGAAUGUUGUUGGUGGAUAUUCAGCAGAAAGGAUUUAUGAACAAUUGACACAGAUAACCAAGAAGGUUGAUGAAAACCUGAACAGUACGGAAGAGGAAAUCCGGAGUCUCAGGGAGAGACUGGAGAAAUCUCAGAAAGUGUACGAUAGUGUCAAACAAGAAAUGAUAAAUGCAGAGAACCUGAGAAGGCGAGAGAAGGAAAAGAGGAACAGUCAGAAACUGGAGAACGGCAUACUCAGACAGGCACUUGAGAAGGCAAGGCGGGAUAUAGAGAUGUCGCGCAAGGAAAAGGAGAUCGAGUGGCUCAGGGAGAGCCUAAAGCUGGCUAAUAAAGAGAAGGAAAACUACAAGAGUAUGUAUGAGAAAAAGUGCAUUAUCAUGUGA